AUGAGGUAUCUAGCGGCAUUGCUCGCUCUUUCGAGCCUUAUUAGCGCCGUGCUCGCCGAGGCACCUAUCGUUAAUACUGACGCAACGGACGGUGUCAUCAAGGAUCGAUAUAUCGUCGUGUACAAAGACGAUGCUGAUCUGAAGGAUCGUAACAAGCACGAGGAAGAUGUAAACAACCGAUCCAAGGGCAAAGGCAAGCAAGGAAUUGAGCAGGUGUUCAACAUCACUGGCUUCAAUGGUUACGCCGUCGAGAUUGCCACCGAAGAUCUGCCUCUGAUCACCAAAGACACCAGAGUUCGCUACUUAGAGAAAGCCACCACUGUCAAAAUCGUUCUCCCCUCGCUGCCUACUCCUGGUUCUAUCGAUACUUCUAAAUUCAGGAACAGCAGAAUAUCAAAGCGGGCCCUGACCUCAGCCUUCGGCUAUAACUGGGGUGAUGUCCGUAUCUCUCAUCGUACGAAAGCCGCCUUCGCUGCAAGCACAUCAUAUGUUUAUGACACUACCGCCGGUUCUGGGACCUGGAUUUACGUCGUAGAUACUGGCAUCAAUAUCGGACACCAGGAAUUCACAAACCGCGCGUCUUGGGGCGCAAACUUCAUUGCAGGCUCACCUAACACAGACCAGAACGGACAUGGCACCCAUGUUGCCGGGACAGCUGCCGGAACAUUUGUGGGCGUCGCCAAACUUGCCAACCUCGUGGCGGUGAAAGUACUGGACUCUACCGGCUCUGGUCCAACAUCGGGUGUAAUAUCUGGUCUUCAAUGGGCCGCAAACAACGCUAUCGCCAAUCGUCGUACCACCAAGUCAGUCAUUAACAUGUCCGUUGGAGGCCCUCUGUCGACGGCAAUGAAUCAGAUGGUAGCUGCUGCGACCACUGCUGGCCUGACUGUAGUGGUCGCGGCUGGCAACAGUGCCGUAAAUGCAAAUACUCAAUCUCCUGCUUCGGCCCCAAGCGCGAUCACAGUAGCUGCAAGCGACUCAACUGACAAGUUUGCGACAUUCUCGAACUUCGGCACUAUUGUGGACAUUAUUGCGCCGGGUGUUAGUAUUUUUAGCAGUUACAAUACCUGUGCAACAUGUUAUGCCACUUUGUCUGGAACUAGUAUGGCAACGCCUCAUGUCUCCGGCCUCGUCGCCUACUUUAUGGCAAAGGACGGUGUCACAGGUCCUUCGCAGUCGCUGUCAAAACUGCUUCAGUGGGCAUCGACGGGGUUGAUCACUAGCGUUCCCGCUGGAACUCCCAACAAACUAGCAUACAAUGGUGACGGGCUUUAA